AUGCCUCAGCCGGCGCAGUUCAGACCGUGCGGCGUUCACGGAGAGCGGGAAUACCAGAGUUACAAGUGUAAUCAAGUCGUUCUCCGCGAUAACAUCCAGGGAAUCACCAAACCCGCUAUCCGCCGUCUGGCUCGCCGCGGCGGCGUGAAGCGUAUUUCCGGUCUGAUCUACGAGGAGACCCGCGGUGUCCUGAAGGUGUUCCUGGAGAACGUGAUCCGUGACGCAGUCACCUACACCGAACACGCCAAGAGGAAGACCGUUACCGCCAUGGACGUGGUUUACGCUCUGAAACGUCAGGGACGCACCCUGUACGGUUUCGGGCGGUUAAACGCACUCUCUUCGGAACCUCAACACCCCGACUUUCGAACCCAAAGGCUCUUUUAA